AUGAUGUAAAGUAUAUCAAGUCCUUUCUAUAAAUAAAGCAAACCCACCUUUAGCCCAUUAUUACAAUUCAAAAAUAUGUACAAAUAUUAAAUUAUUAUACACAUUAUGAUGAUUAUAUCUAGUUAGCUGGAUACUGCUUCUCUGAGUUGCCAACUUUAAGUUGCAAGUGAAUUACAAUGGAAGAAGAAAAUGUUUACACAAAAGAUGGAACAGUGGAUUAUCUUGGAAAUCCAGCUAAUAGAAAGAAAACUGGAACAUGGAAAGCCUGCCCCUUUAUCUUAGGAAAUGAAUGUUGUGAGAGAUUGGCUUAUUAUGGGAUGAGCACAAAUUUGGUGCUUUAUUUUAAGGAGAGGCUACAUCAGCAUAGUGCUGUUGCUUCCAAGAAUGUCUCUAACUGGGCUGGAACAUGCUACAUCACACCAUUAAUUGGAGCAUUUGUGGCUGAUUCCUAUCUUGGAAGAUACUGGACCAUUGCCAGCUUUUCAAUACUCUAUGUUAUUGGAAUGACACUAUUGACAUUAUCUGCAUCAGUUUCUGGCAUAAAACCAGAAUGUCAAGGAAAAGACAAUUGCCAUGCUACCACUCUACAAAGUGCAGUGUGCUUCCUAGCACUUUACCUUAUAGCUCUUGGCACAGGUGGAAUCAAGCCCUGUGUUUCAUCCUACGGAGCAGAUCAGUUCGACGACGACGACGAAGACGAGAAGAAACACAAGAGUUCUUUCUUCAACUGGUUUUAUUUCUCAAUCAACAUCGGUGCUCUCAUUGCAUCUUCUUUAUUAGUUUGGAUUCAAGACAACGUCGGUUGGGGAUGGGGAUUUGGCAUUCCGGCAGUUGCAAUGGCAAUUGCAGUGGUGAGUUUCUUUUCAGGAACUAAACUGUAUAGGAAUCAGAAGCCUGGUGGAAGCCCCCUUACUCGUAUCGCUCAGGUGAUCGUUGCAUCGAUAAGAAAAUACCGUGUUGAUGCACCUACUGAUAAGUCUCUUUUGUAUGAGAUUGCUGAUACAGAAUCUGCUAUCAAGGGAAGCCGCAAGCUUGAUCACACAAAUGAAUUGAGAUUUUUCGACAAAGCAGCAGUGCAAGGUGAAUCAGAUAAUCUGAAGGAGUCAAUAAAUCCAUGGAGACUCUGCACUGUUACACAAGUGGAAGAACUGAAAUCCAUUCUAAGAUUGCUUCCCGUAUGGGCCACUGGCAUCAUAUUUGCAACUGUCUACGGUCAAAUGAGCACCUUAUUUGUGUUACAGGGACAAACCAUGAAUACUCAUGUUGGCAACUCUAGCUUCAAAAUUCCACCCGCAUCACUCUCUAUCUUCGAUACCAUCAGUGUCAUAUUUUGGGUGCCGGUGUACGACCGGAUCAUCGUGCCGAUUGCAAGAAAGUUCACUGGCCACAAAAACGGCCUAACUCAGCUCCAAAGAAUGGGAGUCGGCCUCUUCAUAUCCAUAUUUUCAAUGGUAGCUGCAGCAUUUUUGGAGCUCGUAAGACUUAGAACUGUAAGAAGAAACAACUACUAUGAACUUGAGGAGAUACCAAUGACAAUAUUUUGGCAGGUUCCUCAGUAUUUUCUUAUAGGUUGUGCAGAAGUGUUCACAUUUAUCGGUCAAUUGGAGUUUUUCUAUGAACAAGCUCCUGACGCUAUGAGAAGUCUGUGUUCUGCUCUUUCGCUACUCACUGUUGCGUUUGGACAGUACUUGAGUUCUCUGCUUGUGACUAUUGUGACAAAUAUAAGUACAAAGAAUGGAAGUCCUGGAUGGAUACCUGAUAAUCUAAAUUAUGGUCACAUUGAUUAUUUCUUUUGGUUAUUGGCAGUGUUAAGUGUACUUAAUUUGAUAGUGUAUGUUUUGGUGGCUAGGUUGUAUACUUAUAAGAAAACAGUUGGAACUCUUCGCUGAAAAAUGUGUCGAGUUGUAGAAUGGAAGGUUUAAUAGUUCAAAGGAAGAUUCCUUCACACGUCUUGUAUUCACUGUAAUCUGUAUGCGAAAUCAAAUCCUUGAGUUGAAGCUUUUCAAAAUGUUGAAAAUUGUAAAGUUUUUACUAUUACUACUUAAAUUUGAGACAAUCAUUGAAAAGUA